AUGUCUCAAUUCGAACCAAUACCAAAACCAACAACACCGCUCGGCUAUCAUCGCAUCCUCUCCCCAACAGCAGCAGUAAAAGUCUCACCAAUUUGUAUUGGCGGCAUAUCCUUCGGCGAAUCAUGGUCCGCAUCGUUCGGAAAAUGCGAGCCUGCCGACGUCCUGUUGGAUGCCUUUUUCGAUCAAGGCGGUAACUUCAUCGACACAAGCAAUACUUACAACGCUGGUGAGUCUGAGGAACUUAUCGGCAAAUGGAUGGAGGAACGAGGUAAUCGUGACCAGAUGGUUGUUGCGACGAAAUACACCUCAGGAUAUCUGAAGCAUGAAUUGGCGUCCAAACCGUUCCAGACGAAUUAUGCUGGAAAUAGUGCCAAGUCAAUGCAUGUCAGUGUGAGGGACAGUUUGAGAAAGCUUAGGACUGAUUAUAUCGAUAUACUGUAUGUGCAUUGGUGGGACUUUGCAACGUCUGUUGAGGAAGUGAUGACACAUCUGCAUAAGUAUGUCAUGUCAAAUCAGGUACUCUAUCUAGGAGUUUCCGAUACUCCUGCGUGGGUCGUGGUCAAAGCCAAUGCUUAUGCGAGAGAAAAAGGUCUCACACCAUUCUCUGUGUAUCAAGGACGGUGGAACGCAGCAUAUCGUGACAUGGAGUCGGAAAUCAUUCCUAUGUGUGAAGAUCAAGGUAUGGCUAUUGUGUCAUGGGCAUCACUUGGUGGAGGGCAGUUGCUUUCCUCGGAACAACGGCGACAACAGAUAGAGGAUCCGAAUGCCCGACCAGCCUCAUAUGGCAUCGAUGAAGGUGAUGAGGCAGUUUGUGAUGCGAUCGAGAAGAUUGCGAACGAAAAGAAAGUCCCGUUCCAGGCCAUCGCCCUCGCGUACCUCUUUGCCCAGUCUACAUACGUCUGUCCGAUCAUGGGCGUUCAGACUGUCGAUCACGUCAAAUCCAUGAAUGACGCACUGAGAAUCAGUCUUUCACCAGAAGAGGUCUCGUCAAUUCACAAAGCGAAAACAUUCAAUCCGUUGUUUCCGACAAGUUUUCUGUUUGAUUAUGGUGGGGGUGGUAACAAGCCAUAUUCGACAAAAGUCACUGCUGCGGAUACUGUGCAGUAUCAGAUGUGGGCACAUAUCGAUGCGCCGCCGAAGCAGGGUUCUUAUGUACCACAUAGUGAGUUGUGA